AUGAUGGCCUCAGUGGAAAUGCUUGCAUAUGGUUGUCCAGCUGAUUCUGUUGAUGAGUACAUUCAGAUUGGUGAAAACAGAUCUCAUUUAUUUGAUGACAUAGUUAAUGGUGUUGCUCCACCGUGUAACUUUGUUGUUCAAGGCCAUCAAUAUGAUAUGGGAUAUUAUUUAUCCGAUGGAAUUUACCCUCAGUAUGCCGCUCUAAUCCAAACUAUCUCAAGUCGUAAUACCACCAAAGAGAAGUUUUUUGCCAAACGCCAAGAAGCUGUACGUAAAGAUGUGGAACGGGAAUUCGGGGUACUGCAAGCAAGGUGGCAUAUUGUUAAGGGGACGACACGUAUGUGGAAUGUAAAAGAUAUUGGGAAGAUCAUGAAGAUUUGCAUCAUUUUGCAUAAUAUGAUCAUUGAGCAUGAGCGUCAACAAGGAGUCGACCCUGAAAGUUGGAGGCCACUUCCGGAUGAAACGUUGAACCUGUGGUUUCACAACAUGAUUGUGCAUUUUUAG